AUGGCUGAUUCGCAAAAUCGCCGGCCCCGGUCCCGUCGGCCGCGGGCGAAACCGGAUGGAAACCCGUUUCAGAACCAGAAACAAACCAGUAACUCGCGCGGCGUGGUGACGGAUGUACAGCAAAUUCUAGGUCUGGGACGACCAGGGUUCCAGAAUAGAAGUUAUCCACGUCCCAGGGACUCAAAAUACCUACUAAAGCCUCCACCUUCAUUCUUUUACCUUGAGGAGAAGGUUGAUCCAUGGGACGCUGGCAACCAGGCCAAACUAUUACAGCUCGAGAACCAGAUUGGCACGUCUCCAGGCGCCAUAAAGGACCUGAUCACAAAGUUUCAGCAGAUGCGCGAAGACGAGCGUCGUGAAAUGGAGUCAAGAGGACUCGUCGACCGUUUGGACACAAGAAAGGCGCUUUCGGACGCCAUUGUAUUUAUUGGUACAUGUCAGACCAUGUGCCCGAUUUUUGAGCGUGUCAGGCGUAUUUAUGAGAACGAUAUCAAGGCCCUUGAACGCGAACCAGACGGCUUGGUUACCGCUCGCAGGGCAGUCAAGGCUUUCAGUCGUCCGGCAGCUGGUCAGCCGCCGGCUUUGCCUAGCGAUGUACGUCCUCCGCGUGUUUUAAUGGAAACUCUUGGGUAUUUGGUGCAAGAAAUCGUUCCACAACUGCCUAAAAGCCAGUCGUUCCUAUGGGAUCGAACCCGGUCGAUUCGCCAGGACUUUACUUACCAGCACUACGUUGGCCCCGAGGCCGUGAUUUGCAACGAGGUCAUUGUCAGGAUUCACUUGUUGACGUUGCACAUUAUGGCUGGAGAUCCUGGUGAUUACAGUAGCCAGCAGGAGAUCGAGCAGUUAAACAAAGCUCUGCAAACUUUGGACCACCUAUACAAGGAGAGCCAAAAAAAUGGCAUAACAAACCCCAACGAGCCUGAAUUUCGUGCAUACCAGUUACUGAGCCACCUCCGCGACCCCGAAAUGGAUUAUAUGGUAACAACUCUUCCGCCCCAUGUUGCUCAACAUCCAUUUGUACUGUUGGCGUUGGAACUGCGUGCUUUAGCAGCAUCAGGUACUCGGCAGGCUUUGAUUGCUUCUUUUUUCAAACGUGUCCGUUCACCGGAUGUUCCUGUGCUAUUCCAAUGUCUUGCUGAAACCCAUUUUGUUUCCAUACGGCUCGCUGGAAUCCAGGCACUUUAUCGAUCAUUACACCACCGUACGCUACGGAAAUACUCUCUUCAACGAUUUGAAGAGCUUCUUGGGUUUGACCAAGGAGGUUCUGAGGCCUUUAGGUCAUACUAUGAUCUCAAAACUGAAGGAGAGUUUGUGCUGCUAGAGGGGUUUAAAGAGCCAGAGAGCAAAAAAGCGAUGGCUCAGCCCUGCGAAAGAUUCAUCAGUGAGCGACUGUCGUUUGAUGUUCUGGCGUUCCCUGGCGUGCAAGCACGAAAGAUCGGCCCAACAGACUAUGAGAUUAGGCAGUUCAUUGACAAGUUGAUAGCCAAAGAGCCCAUCCAUCAAAUUGUGAUUCAAGAACACCAAAAAGCUUUAAAGCUAAAGUUGCAGCAGAAAAGAGACCUUGAAAAGGCCAAAGCUGAAGCUGAACGACAACAAGCAGUCGCACAGGCCGAAAGGGCAGCAGCCGCUAAGGCAGACGCCGAGAGAUCGGCUCAAAAGGCCGCUGCAGCAAAAGAAGAAGCCGAACGCGCUGCUGCAGCACGAAAAGCUGAAAAUGAAAGAGCGAUGGCUAUGGCAGCAGCUCACCAACUACGAAAGAAACAACGCGAUACUUUUGUUUCCCAGGUCGCAUCAAAUGCUCUUGAUCUGCUGCUGGCAGUGGUCCAAGAAAGUACGCAUAAUGAUAUCUCGCUCCUGGCCAGAGCUGAGCGGCUAUACCGACGAAGUCUGGUGAAAAAGACGCUUAAAAUGCUACGAAAAGAGGCAACAUCAGUUGUAAGCCGAAAGAGACGACUACAGGAAGCUUUGGAAGCAGAGGCUAUGAUAAGACAGACCCGUCCGCGACGUGUUCGUCAAAACCAGCCGACAACUAUAGACGAAACGCACCUCAGCCAAUUGUUUCGGUCCAGGUCGCGCACUUCGUCUACCCCGCCUUCACCAGCGGUGGUCGAAGAGCCCCCCAAACCCAUACGGCCGCCGUCGCCUCUUUUGUUCAAGCCUAAAAAACCAGUCAAACGGACUGUUGAUGUACUGGAUGUCCCAUCUCUACGACAUAAAAGGCCAACAAACGAACGGCCCGUUGAACGACCAUUGCAACGACCCCGAGUUCCUGCGGUUCCGAAAGCCAUUCAGAAUUUGCGCAACUUGAUUUCUAGCGCAUUAAAAGAUGUAUAG